GAGGUCGGAAACCGCAAAGAUGCGCCGCCGAAGCACGAGAUGGUGUAUUUCAAUGGGCUGCUGAAUACGGAGCGUCGCUUCGGGGAUUUCAGGACGGUGCUACAUACGGGGCUUUAUUCGCAGGUAGUGGCUAUGGAAGUUCCCGUUGAUGGAGAAAUCGGAGAUGAGGUUCAUACGGUGGACCAAGUCUUACUCUUCACGGCUGGUGAGGGUUUGGCCACCGUCGGAGGAAAGGAUCAAGAAGUCCGUGCGGGUGAUGUCGUUGUCGUCCCGGCCGGAACCCAGCAUCAGUUCGUCACCGUAGGGGACAAGCCACUCGAGUUGGUGACAAUAUAUUCGCCGGCGGAACACGCGCCGAACACGGUGCAUAAGACGAAGGAAGAGGGUGACCAGGCGGAAAAGGAAGGUAUUGACGAAGCGCCGGCUUGGAGUCGCAAGACCAAGAAGGAUAACGAAGCUGCGGGCCUAGUGAGACUGGAUGGGACGUAUGAU